GGGCUGAGAAAAAGGCUGUGGAUUCCACUCAUUCAGGCGUCAAGAGAGACAGAGCAGAAAACACGGGCGUGUUUUCCCAGUAACACAUAAAUGGAGGUACGAGCUUAGGCAGCAGGCGAAGGACUUUUUAAAGAUGGUGAAAGACCAAGAAGUGGAGCGCAUCGCGAAGAAGCUGGACAAAAUGGUGCACAAGAAAAACACGGAUGGCGCCAUAGACUUGCUGAAGGAACUGAAGAACAUGAAAAUGUCCCUGGAGACCCUACAGUCCACACGGAUUGGCAUGUCCGUGAACGCUGUGAGGAAGCAGAGCUCGGAUGAGGAGGUGCAGUCUCUGGCCAAGUCCCUCAUCAAGGCCUGGAAGAAACUGCUAGAUGGUUCUGAAGGCAAGUCUGAGGAGAAGAAAAAGGGAGGACCUUCACUUCAGUCAACAUCAUCUAAAGACAGUCCUGGAUCCAGUGACUUCAGUAAGAAACCAGAAACACCAAAGACUCCCACCACUCCCACCACUCCUACAACCCCCAAGUUCACUUCCUUUCCCCCUCCACCGGUCACCACUGACAGCGUGCGAAACAAAUGCAGAGAGCUGCUGGUCUCGGCCCUGCAGACGGAUGAUGAUUUCAAAACAAUUGGAGCAGAUUGCGAGGCCUUGGCGGCAGAGAUUGAAGACUGUAUCUACAAGGAGUUUAAGGCCACCGACAUGAAGUACAAAACAAGGCUGAGGAGCCGCAUCUCCAACCUUAAAGACCAGAAGAACCCUGACUUGCGCCGCAACGUGCUGUGUGGCAACAUCUCCCCUGAACGCAUAGCCACCAUGACAGCAGAGGAGAUGGCGAGUGCAGAGCUGAAGGAGAUGAGGAAGGCUCUGACUAAAGAAUCUAUCCGGGAACACCAGCUCUCUAAAGUGGGCGGCACUGAGACCGACAUGUUCAUCUGUGGGAAGUGCAAGGGCAAGAGCUGCACCUACACCCAGGUUCAGACGCGCAGCGCUGAUGAACCAAUGACCACCUUUGUGCUGUGCAACGAGUGUGGCAACCGGUGGAAGUUUUGUUAAGCAGCAUCGGGAUUCUUUGUGUGAAGUGACCAAUUAAGAAAGUGAGAAGGUACUUUUGUUACUUUUUGUUUUCCUUUUUCAGAAGAAAAUGUCAUUUUUUUAUACUCAUUUCACAGCUUUGUAAUAUAUUCGGUGUGCAUAUUGCUACUUAUGCAACAAAAGGCAUUCAAUGUAAAUAAUUUCAUUUUAUAUCUUUUCUUUCUUUCUUUUUUGUACUGGAAUCGUAUCCAUUGCCUUUAAGCAUUCUGACUUCUCAAGUCAGCAUUAGCUCAUUCGAUACUGCUUUCGCCUAUGAUGAAGCACUUUGUGCCUUUUCUGCGCUUUCGGUGCCAAGAUUGUCUUUGCUUACCGAUAUGUACAAAUUUCUGCUCCACAUUUAAGACUUGUGAUCAUGUGUGUUGUAGAUAUGCAUAUGCAGAUUAUGCAUUUGUUUUUGAUUUGUAGUGACACUUUAUUUGGACGGUUCAUUGUAGAUGAUUUGUAGAAGCUUAAUUCAUUUCCAGUGAACGCAGAGUUUGGUCAUUUGUAACAUUUGAGCUUAAUCCAGUACUUAAGCUUCAUUUUGGCUCUAAGCGUAGUCAGCUGAGUUGGAGUAAGAAGACAGUUAAUAAUCUGAAUGUCUGUAGAUCAUCUAUAGGAGACCUUCCAUAAAAAGUGGGGUUAUUUCUUUUUCUUUUUCUUUUCCUGUGACUGAAGCAUGUGUGCUUUUUCCAGAACUUGAAGGUUUAGUACUAGAGUCUAACGUUGGGCAUUCACCUCUUUUCAGAGGUUCCACACGAGCAGAUGAUCAGAAUAGUGGAUUUGAUUGAAUAUGUGUAUGAUAUGAACUUGUGGACCAGUCAGCCUUAUUAAAUUCAGAGAAAGAUGUGCA